AUGGCAUGUUGGCUUUUGAAUAUGAGAGCAAUCACGGAGAAUAUUAUUGGUGACGACGAGUUUUACACGGAGUUUAACCUUUUUGAUGUUGCGUUCCGUGAUCAAAAUGUUGUCGACAAUCGUUGUCUUUGUUUUUCACCACAUAAUUCCAAACUAGCUACUAGUAGUUUAAGUCGGGCUAUACGUCCAUCAAAUCUAACCAGUCGUCCAUUAACAGGUGUUUAUAAUACAAACAGUACUGAGACAUAUACAAAUUCCAUCGAAACAGUUAUUCGUAACACUUCAAGACCUAUAACUGCUCAUUAUAACAAAUGCCAAAGAAAAAGAACCACCGCUCAGUUAAGCAGCGAACCCGUUCAUAUAAGUCGUUUGAAUUUGAUGAAGUAUACUCAAAAUUUAGAAGUAGCAUGUUCAUUAUUCGAAUAUUUAUUCUAUGUUGCUAAAGAAUAUCGUGAAGCGCUCAAUUUAACGAAUUUAAUAUGUGCCACUAAUAACAAGACCAGUAAUCAGAUAUCGAAAUUACAAUUGAAUCACUUAUCGUAUAACGAACCUGUUGAGGUAAAUUGGUGGUGGUAUUUACAGCAAGCACGUUGUUUAUAUUGUUUAGGACUAAAACGAGAAGCUGAAUGUUCAGUCAGUCAAUCAUUAGAAUUAAAUCCAAGUAUAGAAGCAUAUACACUUCUAGCAUUUAUUGCAAUACAGCUUGAUCAGCCAGGUCGUGCCCUUGGUAUUUAUGAUAAAGGUUUGGAAAGAUUUCCUCAGGAUAUUGAUCUAUUAACUGGUAAAGCUAGAAUAUAUCAGAAGUUAAACAAUGCAUCACAAUCGGUUGCUUUGUACAAGGAAAUAUCCCAAAUAGACGAUAUGAAUGUUGAGAGUUUGGCUUCACUCGCAAUGCAUUAUUUUUAUGAGGAUGAACCGGAAGUCUCACUAAAGUAUUAUAGACGUAUUCUACAAUAUGGAUAUGAAUCAAGUGAAUUAUAUAAUAAUUUAGGAUUGUGCACAUUUUAUACUCAACAAUAUGAUUUAUCCUUAUCAUUUUUCAAUCAAGCUAUUGCACUAAGUGAUACAACCAAUUUAGCAGAUAUUUACUAUAAUCUGGGGCAUAUCGCAAUUAAUAUUGGAGAACUUCAAAUGGCCUAUCAGUGUUUAUAUCUUGCUAUUAUGAAUGAUAAUAAACAUGCAGAAGCAUACAAUAAUUUAGGUGUGCUAGAACAAAAAAGUGGAAAUAUAGAUAUGGCUAAAGAAUUAUAUAAAACGUCAUGUCAGUUAACUUUUGAUUUGUUUGAACCACAUCACAAUUUGGCUUUUCUAACAGAAACUCUUGGUGAAUUACAAACAAGUUAUAAUUUAACAAAGCGUUCAUUAAAUUUAUUUCCAAAUCAUAAAGAUUUACAAAAUCUUUUAUUACGUUUAAAAGAAUAUUUUACUUCAGUUUAA